AUGUCAGGCACAUCAACCGACAAACAGCCGCAAUCGCAACCAGUUCAAGCUCAACCAAGUCAAGAAACCCCUCUCAGUCCGAAUCAAUCAUCGCCCGACCUUGAGCCAGCAGAGGAUUGGCCUGCGCCGUCAUCGCAACCACGUCCCGCGCCCUUGCAAAAGAGGAGACGAGUUACAAGGGCUUGUGAUGAAUAUUGUACAUAUGAUCAGCCCUCAAAUAGAAGAAGGAACCCAGCGCCGCAGUAUGUCGAAUCGUUGGAGCUUCGUCUACAGCGAGCAGAAAGCAUCAUUAAAGCUUAUCUCCCAAACAUAAAUCUGAACGAUCCAAACAUAGAUGCUGCAUCAUUACUACACCGACAGGUUGCGCCAACAACCCCUUCGACCACGAGCUCCAUGCCAAGCGCGACCCCACAACAGCCACAGCUAUCAGAAGAAGAUGCGCAGUUGCGAUCAAUGAUAGAAUCUACAGGGCAACUCGAUCUUGACGAACGUGGAAACUGGGACUUUCAUGGUGGUUCCUCAGGAACUGUCUUCAUUAGGCGUCUACGUGAACAAUUUGGUAGUUUACUCGGAUCUCCCAACUUGCUUCCCAAACCACCACGUGCGCAAAUGCCACCCACUUUCGAUUCCCCAAGAUCAUCUACUGAUUCCCCUUAUGAUUCUGGUCUUCCCAACACAAUGGAUCUGCCUCCGCGAGAAGUGGCCAUGUCUUUAUGUGAAGAUUCGUUGCAUUGCGCUUGUUGUCUCUUACGUUUCGUUCAUGAACCCAGUUUUUAUGAAAUGUUGAAUAGGGUAUACGAUCUACCACCUGACAGUUUUGGUGAUGAAGAGCAUAAAUUUCUGCCGUUAUUAUAUAUGGCUUUAGCUUUGGGUUGCAUGUUCUCGUCACGGCCCUCUAAUUCCACGGACCCGGAUGGAAAGAAGUAUAAAAGUAGUAUGGAUCAAGGGUUCAAAUUUUACAAAGCUGCUCGGCAAAUGAUGGAUCUGACUGAUUGUCGCGACAUGACGUCUUUGCAAACAAUUAUAUUCAUGAUCCUGUUCUUACAAGCAACCUCAAACUUGAGCAUAUGCUAUUCUUACAUAGGUCUUGCCCUGAGAUCUGCGUUGCGCAUAGGCUUACACCGUAGCCUCAGUGGCAAUUUUAAUCCGAUUGAGCGGGAAACUAGAAAGCGAGUAUUCUGGAUAAUACGAAAGCUUGAUACCUAUGUUUCUGCUAUUCUGGGAUUUCCUAUAAUGUUAAGUAGCGACGACAUUGACCAAGAUAUGCCAAUUGAGGUAGAUGAUGAGUACAUAACUAAAGACGCCAUCCUUCCUAUGCCUCCUGGCAAGAUGUCAUUGUUCGUGGCUUCAAAUGCUCAUACUCGACUUAUGGGCAUCACAACAAAGGUUAUCAAACAUAUCUAUCCGAUAAAAGGCUUGGAGCAAUCUAUCUCAGGAAACAGCAAGGCAUCAUAUACCAUUAGUCACUCAAAAAUCCGGGAGAUUGAAAAGGAUCUAGCAGAUUGGCUGGACAUGUUGCCUAUGGGACUACGUCCUGGAGGUGACGGUCCACCCGAAUUAAUACGUAUACAACAACUUUUACGACUAGCAUACGCGCACGUUCAAAUGAUGUUAUAUCGACCCUUUCUUCAUUAUGUCUCUGGAAAAGGUUGUGCUGGGAAAACCAUUGAUGAGCGAUCAUAUGCAUGUGCAGCUGCUGGUGUCAGUGUAGCCCGCAAUAUCAUUCAUAUCACUGCGGAAAUGAAGAAGCAAGGUCUAUUGGUAGGGGCGUAUUGGUUUACCAUGUACACAACCUUCUUCUCUGUCAUAUCCUUGGUAUACUACGUUCUUGAGAAUCCCGAUAAGAGUGGAGCCGCAGAGAUUUUGGCAGACGCAAAUGAUGGAAAGGAUGCUCUAAUCGGUCUCGCUCAAAGAAGUAUGGCCGCUGAUAGAUGUUCCGAAACUCUCAAGCCACUGUUUGAACAGUUACCAGAGAAGUUAAAAAAUCGUUCCGUUUCGGCUCCAUCGAAGAAGAAGAGAUCAGCACCGUCAUCCACCCAACCGACGCAUCACAGCAGUCCCGAGAUUCCAAGACCAAACUCAAGUCACUUCACUCCAAUACCUCGCGCGACGACAUUCCCCCAAACCCCCACCUCUCUCCAAACCAGCGGUCUCCCAAUGCAAAAUUUAAACAACCGCUUCCACAUGAACACAGCAUCCAAUCCAAAUCUUCGACAGGGGUUUCAAGAUCUCGUAUCGCCGAGUGAUUUGUCCACUGCUGGCACUCCUGAAAGCACAGCUUCGACUAGUCAUAGCAUUCCACAAUAUGGUGUACAAAAUCAAUUCAAUGCCAACAACAGUAUACCAUAUCUCACAGGAUUGAUGUUCCCAUCUACAGAUCCUUUUGCGUAUCCGAAUCAACCGAUGAUGGAAUUUGAUGCGCAAAUUAUGAAGCAGGAGAAUGAUAUAGAUAAUACAAGAGCGCAGCAAAUGUACAUGGGUGGUGGUGGUGGAGCAGGGACUGGAAAUGGAAUGUUCGAUGAUUUGGAGGGUCAACUUUUCGGGCCGUUGCCACCUUAUAUGAUGCAGGCCCAACACGGUUUCGAUAUGUCUGGGACGGGACCUGGAGGUGGAAACGGAGGAGGGGGCGGAGGGGGCAUGAGUGGGAUUAUGCACGGGACAAACGCGAAUACAAACACUAGUGGAGCUGGGGGUACAGGAUUUAAUCCUCAGAAUUUGGUGUAUAACACUGGGAUGAAUUUGGACGGAAUUUUCGAUAAUGUGGGGGGUGAUGCGCGGGGAACAGGGAGUGAGUGGGGUGGAAUGGGAGGCCAAGGGUUUAGGUGA